AUGGACGACUUGAACGAUGUCAUCGCAAAUUUGAGCAUUAAAUCCAAGAACUUUAUAGAUGAGGCUGCAAAAUCAUUAACCCCAACAAUGGUGGGAUUCAAAAGAGAACCUGAGCGAAAUCAAAACUGUACCUACUUUAUGCAGAAUACCUGCCAGCUUUAUCAAAACAUUUCUAAAUCCCAUCCCAAGAUUGAAAACAGUGUUAAAUUCGAUGAAGAUUUUGUGAUGCAUAUGGAACCUGAGAUCAAGGUGGAAUGCUCUGUUGAUGAUCCCAAUAAAGAAGUUCAAAUUUUGCUAAAAAAGGAACGCUUGAAGCAGAAAUAUAUGGAAGCUUUGAAGCUGGAUGAAAACCUUGAAGCUAGAGUGAAACAAUCGGCCAUUGAAUCCAAUCCCGAUAUGGAGGAACAACAAGCUGAAUUAAGAAAACUUCACAAGGAUCAAGUGGAAAUGUACAAAGGUGUGCAGGAAGAAAUUAUGGUUUCCUUCAAGAGAGACAUGGAUGAUCUAAUGCAACAGUAUGAAGCUGAGUACUCGCGACUUAGUAAGGUCCACUCUAAGUGGGUAAAUUCCGAGAAUGAUUCCACCAAUAACUCAAACACUCAUCAGCCUUAGUCAUCGCUUAGGAAUUUUUAAGAUUUUAGCAUUUUAUUAGUGAAAUCAAAACGUAUUUAUGUAGUUUCUUGGGUUUUAACAUUUGACAAUAAAAAAUAUUCAGUAUAUC